AUGGCAGACCCGCCAAAGCUCGCCAGUGCAGUGACCGACUACGCCCGCCUCGACCCUGUCGACCUCGCCGCUUCCCCGAUCCCGCUCAAGCUCGCUCAUGGCGUCGUCAACCGCGAUUACCGCCUCAUCGAGCUCGUCAAGGCCCUCGCAGACACGCUCACCUCGGACGACGAUGCCCGUCGCGCAAGAGGCGUCUCGCUCCUGUCGUCCGUCGUGAUCAAGCUCGUCGACCUGGACCGCGCAGCCCUCGACCGCCAGAUCACCAAGACGCUCACGACCUUCUUCGUCGACAAGCUUGGAGAGAAGAACUCGCUCGUCGCGUGCGCCGAUGCCCUCACGUCCCUUACGGCGUCGGCCGCGUUCGGCGUCGGCGAGGGCAUGGAGGUCGCCCGAGGUGUAUUCGCGUCCGUCACGCUCAAGGCGCACCCGCAGGCCGUCCGCCACAGCGUCUACGUCCUCGUCGACGCCCUCAUGGGCCGCAGCCGGCCCGCCCUCCUCCGCCUCGGCAACGAGUUCAUCAGCGGCUACUGCGCCCUCGUCGAGGGCGAGAAGGACCCGAGGAACCUCAUGAUCAGCUUUGGCAUCGUCAGGGUCAUCCUUCUUGAGUUCGACAUCGCCAAGAACGUCGAGGACCUGUUCGACAUCACCUUCUGCUACUUCCCGAUCACGUUCACGCCGCCGCCAGACGACCCGUACGGCAUCUCGAGCGACGACCUCAUCGUCGCCCUUCGUGACUGCUUGUCGGCGACGCCGUUGUUCGGGCGACUCGCGCUCCCGCUCUUCUACGACAAGAUGCAGGCUGCGUCGGAAAAGGCCAAGCGUCAAACAAUGCAGGCGCUGACGGCGUGCUUCCCGAUCUACGGCGCGGCGGCAUCGGGCGAGUGGGCCGGCCGGUUCUCGGAGGCGCUUAUCAUCGAGGUGUUCCACGCGAGCGACGACAGCAUGCAGGACCUCGCGCUCGGCACGAUGCGCGCCCUGUUCGCGACACUGUACCCGGACGAGACGCUCGACGGCUCGGGCGCCGCCGUUGCGCAGCUCGUCGCGCCCGAUGGCGAGGACGCUGAGAUGCAGCCCGUGAGCGAGCUCGUCGUCGAGUCGGCCACGGCGGCGCCCGAGGACAAGAUCGAGGGCGUCGCGGUCAAGGUGGUGCAGAACUCGCUCGACGAGCUCGCCGAGCCGGAGAAGAACAACGCCAAGCCUGCCGUGCGCAUCCUUACGGCACUCGUCGCUUCUUCAGCUCGCCUCGCGCGCUACGUCCUCGCGCAGGCGCUCCCGCCGCUUCUCGCCCUGUACAAGGACCAGGACCAGAUCACGCUGCGCCCUUCCGUCCUGUCGCACCUCGCCACCCUCCUCUCGUCGCUGUCGCCGCCCGAGCCGUCCCCCUCUCCCUCCGCCGCGACCCUCCCGACCAUCCUCUUCCCUCCCCCGUCGCUCCUCUCGCACGACACGAGCGGCAGCAGCCCGUCACCUCUCGAGCCGUUCCGCGACGACCUCCUGUCGCUCCUCCCGUCGGCGACGCGCGCCCUCACGUGCCGCCUCGCGGCCCUGUCGGCCUUGUCGGCGCUCCUGCGCGUGCCGCACUUCCUGUCGGCCGACGAGCUCGAGUACUGCGUCAGCGCCAUGAACGACGUGCUCGCGACGCCGCUCGACGGCGACGAGUACUGCGACGCCGCGCUCGACGCGCUCGUCCUCGUCGCCGCCUCGCACCCGUCCCUCGUCGAGCGCCUCGUCCUCCCGGGCCUGUUCGCCGCCCUGCCCGCCGGCGCGCCCGGCUCGUCGUCCCCGUCGCCGUCGCGCGCCGAGGCCGACCGCGACGCGUACCGUCGCGCACUCGAGGCCCUCGCCGCCCUCGCCGUGUGCCACCCAGCCCUGUUCGAGCUCGUCGCUGUGCGCCUCUCGGCGCGCCUCGAGGCGCUCGUCGCGCUCCCUGCAGACGGCGACGAGGGCCCGGCGGCGGCGCUGUACGCGCACCACGUCCUAACGACGCUGCGCGCCGUCCUCGCCGACAAGGUCCGGCGGGGCGACGCCGACGUGCCCAAGUACGUCGAGCGGUUCGUGCCCGGCCUGUUGGGCAUGUUUCUGCUGCCGACGACGGUCGAGAGGGAGGCGGGCAGGGGCAAGACGGUGGCAGAGGACGUGCGGCUCCUGGUCGAUGCGGGCAAGGUCGUCAACCUCGUGCUGCAGCGGGUCGACGUUGAGCGGCAGUCGGCCUUCUCGGCGGCGGUCAACGACGCGUUCCAUCGGGGCAAGCUCGAGGCGCUCCUCGGCGCUGCGGCGGUCAAGGAGGCGGGCCCUGUGCCCUUUGCGCCCUUCUCGUCGUCAAGCUCGACCUCGCAGCAGAACCUCCUGUCUCUCUUCACCUCGUGCCUCGUCGCCAUGCGCCCGACCGUCUCGCUCCCGACCGCCGACCUCGUCGCGUUCCUUCGAUCCUGCCUCGAGCGGUCCCUCGCGUGCCAGAACGAGAUCCAGCUCGUCGCCGUCCUGCACCUGCUCGCCAACUCGGUCAACAAGCGCGCUCAAGAUGUCCCCGACUUUAUCGAGCAGGACUUGCCGGCCUUCUUCGACGCUCACGUCGCGCCUUCCUCGUCGCCCGACGUCACGCGCCGUACUGCGCUGCGAGUCUGGAUCUGGGUGGCCAAGGGCCUCAUCGUCCGGUCCGACGCUCGCGGGUACGCCAUGGUCGAGCGCGUGCUCGCCCUCUUUCACGACGAGACGCUCGGCAGGACGGCGGCCGCGAGCCUGGGCGCCAUCGCCGAGGAGAAGGACGGCGUGCUCGCCAAGGACAACUUUGCCGUCAUCAGGCUCUUGUACAAGCAGCGCUUCUUCACGUUCCUCCUUACUAAACUCGUCGCGUCGUACAAAGAGGCGAGCAGUCCGGGGCAGACGGUCUACCUCGCGGCGCUCUCGUCCCUGCUGCAGCACCUGCCCAAGCAGCUCGCCCUCACGCAGCUCCCCAAGCUCGUCCCCCUUCUCAUCACUUCCCUCGACCUCCCCGACGCCGCACUGCGCGCCAACGUCCUCGACGCCCUCUCGACCCUCGUCGCCGAGGUGCCCGCCGAGCUCGACAACGCCAUCAGCGGCAUCGUCGCCAAGGUGCUGCGCGGCCUGAGCGGCGAGACGGCGACGGCGCAGGGGCGUGCGGCAGUUCACCUUCGCCUCUCGUCUCUCGCCUUCCUCUCGGUCCUCCCGGCCCACAUCCCGUACCUCUCGCUCCACGGCCAGAAGGCCACUGUCCUCAAGGAGCUCGGACGCGCGAUCGACGACCCGAGGAGGGACGUGCGGCGUGCGGCGGUCGACGCGAGGAGCCGGUGGUUCUUGUACAGCGGGUGAGCGCGGCCAGGUUCGCAAUCGAUAGACUUCUCGCCGACUGUCCAUGAC